AAUGUUACAUAUUGUAAUUGCUUAUAUUCAGAAGAGCGGUAACUAGAAGACAAAUUUACAAUUACUACCAAUAUGUCAGAAUCCUAUUUUUCUCAAAUAUUGCAUAUAUUUGACAUAUUUAUUGAGUUAUUGGUAAAUCCACUUAUAAAUACACAUAUUACAAAAGAAACUGUAAUUAAAACUUUUGAAUGUGCUGCAUUUGUUGAAGCAACAGUAACUAAAGCAUAUAAUGAAAAAAAGGAAGAUGUAUUGGAAAAUUAUCUUCGCCAACAUUGGCUUAAAGAAAAAAGAACUAGAAUAUAUAAGUGCAGUGAUCUGAAGUGUGCUUGUGAUAAAUUAUUAGAAAUAUACAUGAAAGACAUUUCCAUUCCUACCGCAAUUGUUGAUGACUUUUUGAAAUUGUACGUUCAAUCUUUUGGGAUAGAUAGAUUUAAUACGUUUUUACUGUCUACACUCAGGAGUUCUAUGUGCACAAAUAUUAUAUUAGAAUCUUUAGAAGAUUUAGAUCUGUCCAUGUCUAAAGUAGAAGAUGAAGCUUUGAUUAUGUCAUGGGAACACGAUAUUGAGAAUGGUCAGCAGAUUAAGGUUUCAGAGAAAAUAACUAAAAUAUUGGAAGAUGGUCAUCUUUCCAGGAUUAUCUCUCUUAUUAUAAAUUUACAUAAUGAAAGCAAAGUAAAAAUGUUAUUUAUGAAAUGUUUGGCAUGCAAAGUCAUUGAAAAUGAUGUAACGUUUUGUUUGGCUUUAUUUGAUAUCGAAGAGAAAUUUUUUCUACGGCUUUUAAAUGAAAGUCAUGAAUUUUGUAUCAAUCUUGUUGACGCAAUAUUUUACUUUGGACGAAAUAUGUCACAUGUAAAUAAUGAAUGGAUAUUAAAUUCAACAUUUAAUUAUAAUAAUUUACUUAAAAUUAUAUAUCAAUUAUUAAAUGGUCCCGAUGUUGUUCGAAAGAUGGUAUAUGAUAGACUACAGCUGGCUAAGAUGCAAGCAAAUAAUACAAUAUGGUAUAGCAUUGAUAAAGAUAUUUCACAACAAUGAUGCGUACAAGUAAUAUGUAUUACUUAGAUAUAAUAGUAAAUAUUAAUUUAUAAGAAAUAUCUUUGGGUUUUAUAAUAUAUUCUCGUACAUUUAUAUUUACUCUUAAUUGUACAUUAUUAAUAAAAUGUACAAAAUAAAAGUGUGUAUUUAAUUUAUACAUAGCAAGUAUUCGAUCUAACCAACAUCUUACAAUUACUUUGUAUUAUAGAGCUAUAUUUACGC